AUGCUCGUAAUGAUUAUAAUGAUCAAUCAGUCACCAAAGCAGAGAAUAAAGAAGGAACCAGUUAAUACAACCUCAUUGGAAGUUCCUAGCUCCAACUCUACUUUGUAUUGUUAUGUAGAUGCCUCAUGGAUUGACGAAAACAGCAAAGCGGGUAUUAGUUGGAUUCUAACUGAAGUGCAUGGCCGAUGUCUUCUCAAGAGUUCUUCCUCCAUAGAGCAUAUCGACUCAGUUAUUGAAACAGAAGAUAAAGCUUCAGUUGAAGCUGUAGGUCACUCAUCUCUUGGUCAAGCAGAGAUUCAAAGCUACUUAGAAGACAUCAAGGCAUUAGCUCCAAGCUAUUUUCGUUUCAAAUUCAUUCGUCGGAAUGCAAACCAUUUAGCUGAUGCCCUAUCGAAGGAAGCUAGAUUAAAAGAAUCUCUUUAUACUGCAUCUUGA